GCCAAUCACAACGCAUUGAAAAGCUGGCCAAUCAGAGCACACUGUGCUUUUUAUAACAAUGAGGUUUGUAGCAGGGGCGUAGCCAGAAAUUUAAUUUUUGGGGGAUCCUAUCUUAAAAUGAGGUGGCAACUUGUAUAUAUAUUUAAGUUUAUAUAAGUUACGCACAACAACACGUGACAUGAGCUAAUCCAAUCAAGUUUGAAAAUACCUGCAUUUUAAUUACUGCACAGCAUUUUGAUUUGUCAAUCUAUCAAUCAGACUAAGAAAUCAACAAUCUUAUUUUAUUUUAAGCAAUUGGAAAUCUGAGGGGGCGGGACAUGGAAAUGAGGGGACCAAGGCCCACCCAGGCCCACUCGUGGCUACGCCCCUGGUUUGUAGAAAUCAUUGUGUUUCAGAAAGGCAGGGCAUAGAGGAGCAACAUUACUGUAUGUCGGUCUGUGCUGAUUAUGGGAAUUCAACACUGUAACGUGUUUACUUUGGAAGAAGAAAAUGAAGAAAAUGUUGAUUGCAUGGCUAACGCGAACAGGAAGGAAGGAGAUGCUAAAUUGCCUCUGCUGAAAACAUUUACCUUAAACCUGUUUGCUUGAACCGCCUGUGGAUUUUCCGUUGUAACGUGACAGCUUGUUAUGUGCGCGAGUUCUCUCUCUCUCCUCACCCCUCGCAGGCACGCGCUCUGUCAGUGGAGAAGAGGGCUUCAAAAUCCUGCUGUAUAGCUCAAAGUGACCGCCACCUUGGGCUGACACACGACAAAGGGCUGUUUUUUUGCUUACUGAAAUUGUUGGAUUUGACCAUACAAGGAUUUCUUGGAGGACAAUGUUGUUGAAAACCACGAGCGAGUAAACUCUGAGGUGGAACCAUGUGUUGGACUUAAUUAUAAAUGCUAAACCACUCGCCGCUUAGAGCAACACCGUCUGUGCAAUUACUUCAAGAGAUGACCACUGUGUCAAUAGAGCCUAUAGUGGCGAUGGUGGAGAAGGCUACCAAUGUUACCGAGAUCCCAGUGGAAGCGUCUACCGAAAACAUGGCUGCGAACUUCACCAUCGGCACCAUCCUGUCGUUGAUGUGUCUGGUGGGCGUUUCUGGAAACAUCUACACGCUUGUGGUCAUGUGCCACUCGAUGCGCUCGGCUGCCUCCAUGUACAUCUACAUCAUCAACCUGGCACUAGCGGAUCUCCUUUACUUACUCACUAUUCCAUUUGUGGUGUGUACGCAUUUCCUAAAAGGAUGGUACUUUGGCGAUGCCGGGUGUCGGAUCCUCAUUAGUAUGGACUUUCUCACCAUGCAUGCCAGCAUUUUCACGCUUACAGUUAUGAGUACAGAGCGUUACUUUGCCGUACUCAAACCUUUGGAUACGGUGAAACGCUCAAAAAGCUACCGAAAGGCGAUCGCGCUGGUGGUAUGGAUGGCUUCUUUGAUUCUGACCCUACCCAUGAUAAUUAGUGUCCAGCUAAUGACACAGAGCUCCAAGCCUAUGUGUCAACCCACACUGAGUCCACUGUCUUAUAAAAUCUACAUCUCUUUUCUCUUUGGCACCAGCAUCGUGGCUCCAGGUGUGAUAAUCGGUUACCUGUACAUACGCCUGGCACGAACCUACUGGAUCUCCCAGACGGAGACGUUCAAGCAGACCAAAAAGCUCCCGAACCAGAAGGUUCUGUAUCUCAUAUUCACUAUAGUGCUCCUCUUCUGGGCCUGCUUCCUGCCUUUUUGGAUCUGGCAGCUUUUAGGUCAGUUUCAGCCCGCGCUGGCUCUCUCAGCUAAGGCCAAACGCAACAUUAACUAUCUGACCACCUGUCUGACCUAUAGCAACAGUUGUAUCAAUCCGUUCCUCUACACCCUGCUCACUAAGAACUACAAGGAGUAUCUCAGAAAGAGACAGAGGACUUGGACGGCCGGCAGUUACCUCAACCGCAGAAACCGCUUUCAGCGGUCACCCCGUCAUUCUCUGUCCGCCAGUAGUCAGCAGUGCACAGAGAGCUUUGUGCUCGCGCAAACUUCCUGCACCAAUAACAGCAGUCUUUGAGGAAAAGAUGACAGUCGGAGUCAGAACAACAGCAAUGCAGGUUAAGAUGGGUGGUAUCUCCCUAUAGCGAGUAAAGGAGAAAGAAUAGAGAAGAUGGAGCAGAUCAGGCAAGAGGAGUCACUACAGAAAAUCUUUCAUCUAGAAGAAGAGGCUCUGUGGAUCUGGAGAUGUCGAAACUUGUUUUUUAGAUUCAAUCUGAAAAACCAACUCUCGGUUCAUCAGUUCUCUGAGCUAUCAUCACUGUGAACAUCUUAAAAUAAGAUCUUUUUUUGAAUCAGAUUUUGAUAAUCAAGAAAAGAAAGUGACAACUUUUAUCUCCUCUUUCUCCAGAUAAAAGUCAAUUCCUUCAAAUAUUGUAACUGCAAUAGUAGCCAAUUGAUAUCUUGCAAAAGAUCACAUCAAACAGAUCAAACAAAUCUUUCACUUUCAUAUUAAUAAAAACUCAAGCUCUAUUUGAACUUUUGGGCUAUUUCAACAGCUAUGCUAUUUUAUUCAAAUGAUCAUUGACAAUUUUCAUGGUAGUCUAUAUAGCCACGGAAAGCCCACAAUAAUACUACGCGAAGGCAUCCAGAGUA